CACACACACGGGCACCUGGAUACAGACAUUAGGUCUAUAGCACAGACACUAUAUGGGCACAAACAAUUAUCGACAAACCGAUUUCACUGUUGUCUUUUAGAACGAUAGAAGAAGAGUAGACUAUUACAAAUGUAACUUUCAGUUCCUGUUCUCUGCUGGGCGCAUUUCACCACGUUCGGUUAACUUCCCACUCGGUGAAAUUUGGGAGCUUUAAAGUUUCCUAAAAACAAGCACAGAAAAACUGUACUGUUAUAUAUAUUACGAUAUUCCAAAUGCACACGGUGUGCUGCGGCGAUCCCAUUUACCUACACAGGCUAUACGAGUGAAAUAUGAGUCUAUAUUAUCUCUUUAUUAACGCUUAAGAAUCUUUUGCAAGUAGUGUACUUUCUGCUUCCGGUUUCGUCACCACCAGAGUUUACUUCCAACGACGCGCAACGCGCGAUGAAGUUUGACCUAAUAAGUAGAGUUCGUAGCCUUGGAAUUAACCAACUGCCUCUAGACAGGUCAGCUAUCAUCAAAGUUCAUUAGUAGUUAGCUUAACAAAAGCGUCGAUAUACUUGUAUGUUUGCUUUCGGCUAAGUCAUAGCUAUAUGAAUACUAGUCUUACCAGGACUCCAGCCAUGUUACAUAUCGUAAAGCUAAGAAAAACGUCCAAAAACUAGAACUUUAAAUGAAAGUAAAGUACAAUAUUGCUACUUUAUCCGCUUGGCCGUUGAUGGUGAAUAAGCGGCGUGUUUCGAAGGCCAUGGCUAACUCCGCAAAGAUGAAUAAGCCCGAUGUUAAAUUGGUUCUCCUCGGGGACAUGAACGUCGGAAAGACCUCCUUGCUCCAUCGAUACAUGGAAAGAAAGUUUCAAGAGACGGUCAGCACGGUCGGAGGGGCGUUCUUCUUGAAGCAGUGGGGACCCUACAACAUUUCCAUCUGGGACACCGCAGGGCGUGAGCAGUUCCACGGUCUGGGCUCCAUGUACUGCCGCGGUGCGGCGGCCAUCAUCCUCACCUAUGACGUCACCAGCUGGCAGAGCCUGGUGGACCUGGAGGAGCGCUUCCUGCUGCUGACGGACACCGCCAACGACGACUGCCUCUACGUCAUCGUGGGCAACAAGGCCGACCUGACCGACCCCGCGGCCCUGGAGGAGGGGCCCGCGGGGGCGGGGGCGGAGCCCGGGCCCGGGGGGGCGGAGCCGGGCCGCGGUGGGGCGGAGCCCGGGGAGCUCCGGCCAAUCGCGGCCGUCCCCAGCGGCCACAAGCAGGUGCAGCGCGAGGACGCCAUGGCGCUCUACGGGCGGGUCCUCCGCUACAAGCAGCAGGACGAGGCCAGCAGCCAGCCCGCCGACAGGAUGUGCUUCGAGACCAGCGCCAAGACCGGCUACAACGUGGACCUGCUGUUCGAGACGCUCUUCAGCAUGGCGCUGCCCUCCAUCCUGAGGAAGCGCUCGGAGAACAGCGCGCACACCGUCGACCUGGAGGAGUGCAGGAACUCAAAGAGGAGCAGGCGGGGGUGCUGCUCCUAGACCUCACACCGUGUAGAGUAGUGUGUGUCGUGUCUGUCUGUCUGUGUGUGUCUGUCUUCGUCUGUCUCUCUGUGUGUCUGUUUGUGUAUGUGUGAGUGAGUCUGCAUGUGUGUCUGCACGUCUGCGUGUGUGUGUGUGUGUGUGUGUCUGCAUGUCUGCGCGUGUGUGUGUGUCUGCGUGUCAGCGCGUGUGUGUGCGUCAGUUGCAUUUCCAGCUCUUAUGACUGCUCCAUGGACUAUAGAAUAAUGUGUCCUUUAUUGCAAUAUGUGUACACUUUUGUAAAUGAUAAUGACAAUCUUCUGGAAAAAGAAAUGGUCGAUGGAGAACGGUUCACCACUCAGUGGUGCAUUAAUCCUGAUUUCGCUCAAUAAAACAGGUCAGAUUUGCAGUAUCGUUCAAUAUUAUUUCAAAUCGGCACAUGCUAACAAUGUCAAAUCAUCAUUUUUGCAUUUGUUUGUGUUGUGUUUUGUUGCAUUAAGCUGGCAUUCAACUGGCAUUCAACUUCGCUUCAGCCACUGAGUCACUGAGCCAAUUCUUCAUCCGCAUGGUAACCUGGAGGAGGACUCCAGUUGCCUCAUCUCCAUCAGAUAUGAUUUUAUUCUGUGAUCUUCAAGAUUGUUGUCAAUUGUUUAGCUUAUUUUUUUUUUUACUGCAAUUUUUACGUUUUCUAUCAAAACUAUUUCGUAAAAUGUGUAUUUAAGUGUAUUUUCUCACUAAUUGUAAAGAAUAAAGAUUUUCAAUGUC